AUGGAAUUACUAAGGAGAGGAUUUUAAUCAUUGGUGUAGAUACACAGCAAAUUAAUCCAUAAAUAUUAUCAGCACUUAUACCGAAAGAGAAAGCUAAGAACAUUCUUGAUGGGAGUAGGAUCUUUGUAUUUGCUGAGAAGAUUAUCACAAUUGGCGAUGACAUUGACACCUUCAUUACGAAGAAAUCUUCUUGGAAUAUACGGCGAGGAAUCUUGGGCUAUUGUGACAGGAGUAUCAGAUGGGAUUGGUAAAGAGUUUUGUAUUUAAUUGGCGAAAUAGAAAUUCAAUAUUGCCAUAAUAGGUAGGAAUGCAAAGUAGAUGGAUUAACUCUGUUUAUAAUUAUAGGGUUUUGGAGUCCAAACUAAAUUCAUAGUGGCUGAUUUCAACUAAGGAUAUGAAGUUGAUUUUUAUAAUAAGAUCUACGAAUAGCUUCAUUAUCUAGAUAUUUCGAUAUUGGUCAAUAAUGCAAGAGUAUUAGAAACUGGAUAAUUCGAAUAAACAAAAAUGGAAGACUCAUUCUCGAUGUUAAGAGUGAAUGCACUAUCUACUCUAAUGAUGACUAAAAUUCUAAUCAACAAAUUAUAGAAUAGAAUUAAGAAAGCAGCUGUGAUUACUAUUUCUUCUGGAUUAGCAUAUUUGCCUAGUCCAUUGGUUAGUGUUUAUAGUGGAACAUCUGCAUUUACAAAUUAUUUUACUUAAUCUUUAAGCUUUACAUCACAGAAAAUAGACUUUUUGAGUGCCACUCCUUUGAGUGUUAAAUCUAAGAUGGACAAUACAAAAGAUCCUGAUAUUAUUGAAACUUCUGAGUUUGUUAGAAAUGUGAUUAAUGAUUUGAGAGAGGGCAAGACACAUAGUUUUGGUAGUUGUCGACACAGAAGAUAGAUCAAUUUUUUGUUGUGGAGAAAGUAGAGUGUUAGAAAUAAAGCUAGAAUAUUGUUGGGAAACUCUAUAAGAGGUGCUCAGCUAGAAACAGGAAGAUAGGAGGAAGUAUAACAAUGA